AUGAAGGCUAUUCUCACCCUAUACACCAUUCUCUUGGCACUGUCUUGCCUCACUCACGCCCUCCCGCUCUCUGGACCACCACUCAGGGCAGAAAACUCGCUCAGCUCCUCCAUCCGAUCAUUCGAAUCAGCAUGGUCUCACCUUGACUCUGCAAUCGAAAAAGCAGAAGCAAAAGGUAAAGCCUUUGCCACCCGCGAACGCUGGGCUACAGGCAUCGCUGCUGGCCUAUCAGUGCUCGGUACGGCGGGCUACAUUGCUUCUUCUGCGAUCCCUAGGAUUGUGAAAGCCAAGAAAAAACAUCUUCUCAAACUUCAGAGCCAGCUAGCUUCGAAGAGGAAGAGUAUGGUGAGAAGAAAUCUGGAAGAAGCUCUUGCGAAGGACGGUGAGAGUUUCUACUCGGCUCUCAGACAGAGUUCUAGUGAGCGAAUGGAGGAUUUCGAUCAUGAAGAGCUACUCAAAUCUCAUACGCCGAUGAACCUGCAGAGGUCUGCCUCAGCACCAUCACCAGGCGGAGAUAAACGGGAAUGGGGGCGAAGGAAUACGUAUCGAGUUCAAGAGGACAUUAGGACGCACGAUAGGCUGGAAGCGGUAGAACAGGCUAUACUGGGUAUCAAACGGAAGCAACAUGAGGAGACGAAGCGGUCAAGAUUCCAGAAGGUGUUGCUGGGAGCAACAGUUUUGAGUGCUGUAGGGGGUUUGGCCAGUGCCGGAUUGAGCGUACAGAAUGCUGUUGAAGCUGCCGAGGGGAAGAGCUAG